AUGGGCGAAAACGAGAAUGAUAUUGCGGUGGACCCCUACUUCUACUCGAUGAAGGGUAACGACGAACCGGAUGACUUUCGGUCGGAGACUACCUCAAUCGCAUCGACAAUCGCAAGGGGCCGCUUGGAAAAUGGCCGGAGAUAUCAAGCGACCAAAGAAGAUAGCUAUUGGGGCCCCUCGGAUGAGCAGCAAUUCGAGGCAUUCGAGAUUAGCCAUAUCUUGUUCCUCGUGCUGGAUCACAACCAACCGAAUCCUCUUUUCCGUGCUCCUAUAGGUGAUUCGCCCAAGCAUAUUCUUGACAUUGGAACUGGAAAGGGUAGCUGGGCAAUGUAA